UUCAGUGCACGUUCACACGCAUGAGCAACAUGAGUGUCGCUGUUACAGUAUUGCGUACGAAGUCGCCUUCGUAGCGAAAUCUCAUUAAUAAAUUAUAAUUUCAAUAAAUAAUUAUCUGUUUUUCUUUAAUCAUUCUUUAACCGCGUCUCAAAUAUUACAACCCUCCGACAUGGUGUUUUUUGGUAGAAGCAAAUCGGAUCGCCGCGAAUUGCUGGCCAGCAUGGAUCAAAUUUCGUUACAGAAAGUACACGAUAAUGCUGCUUUUCAGUAUGUUCGAGACAAUAUUGAUGAAAUUAAUCGUCAUGUUGAAGCUAAAGAGACUGAUAUAAUUUUUCUCAAAACUUUAAUGGGCAAUCCAACUAUGGAAUCUAUUGUUAAAGUUCAAAAUUGUUUAGAAGAGUGUCAAACUUGUGAACCUGUAGCUAGUAAUUCGAAGCAAACUUUAAACGAAGUGUGCCAUCAAUGCAAGUUGUCCAAACACCCAAUUGCUAAAGAUUUACUCUCAAUUUUUACUAAAUUACAUUUUAGGGAACUUUUAAAAAUACAUGAUAAAGUAGCCAUUAAAAGAUUCAAAAGAUCAUUAGAAAGACCUGAUUUACCACCAACGCCACCUACACCACCUCUACACAAAAACGGAACUAAGAUGUCUUCUCAAUACAAAGUAAUUGGAUUACGUAAAAAACCAGAUGAACCUUUGGGCUUAACAGUAGAACAAGAUGAGAAUGGUAACCUCAUUGUGGCUAGAAUUUUAUCUGGAGGAGCAAUUGAGAGACAGGGACUACUCAAGAAAGGAGAUGUUAUAUUAGAAAUUAAUGGUGAAAGGGUUGAUAGUCCAGAAGAUUUAAUGAAUGAAGUUAGUCGAAGUAAAGACACAUUACAAAUAAGAAUUGCUCCAGGAUUUUAUCACAAAAAUACAGCUAAAACCCAACAAUGUUACAUGAGAGCACUUUUUGACUAUGAUCCUAAUGAAGAUAAUCUUAUUCCGUGUAAAGAAAUAGGCUUGCCAUUCAAGCAUGGCGAUAUUCUUCAGGUAUUAGACCAGAAAGAUCCCAAUUGGUGGCAAGCAACAAAAGUUGGCAAGAAUGAGCUACCAAGAUUGAUCCCUUCUCAAGAACUUGAAGAAAGAAGAAAAGCUUUUGUUCCCCCUGAAGCUGAUUAUGUUCAUAAAAUUAGUAUAUGUGGAACUAGGAUUUCAAAAAAGAAGUGUAAAAAAAUGUAUCAAUCAAAAUGGAAUGGUGAAUUUGACAAGGCAGAAUUAAUAUUAUAUGAAGAAGUAACAAAAAUGCCUCCUUUCAAAAGACGCACUCUAGCAUUAAUUGGUACUACAGGAGUAGGCAGAAGAACUUUAAAAAAUCGUUUGAUAAAUAGUGAUCCCAACAAGUUUGCUGGAGUUGUUCCAUAUACAACUAGACAACCAAGAGAAUUGGAAGAAAAUGGUCAAAACUAUUGGUUUACUGAUCGUGAACAAAUGGAACAUGAUAUUCGUGAACAUAAAUUUUUAGAAUAUGGUGAACAUGGAAAUAAUUUGUAUGGUACAAGCUUAGAUUCUAUUCGUGAUGUGAUUAAUCAAGGAAAAAUGUGUGUUUUGGAUUGUAGUCCUAUAGCAUUGAAAAUUCUUCACAACUCCUCAGAAUUUAUGCCAUAUGUAAUAUUUAUAGGAGCACCAGGUGUAGAAAUUGGAAAAGGUUUAUAUGAUUUUUCAAGAAACUUUGGUUAUUCUAGUCGUACAUUAACUUUUGAUCGUCAGAGUUCAAUUAGGUAUAGUUCUAGAAGAGCUCGUACAUUAGAAUCCCUAGCAUCAUUAUAUGAGGACGAUGAUAUCAAAAAACAAUUGGAAGAAAGUGCUUGUUUACAAAGAAUGUAUGAGAAGUACAUUGAUUUAGUAAUUAUAAACGAAGAUUUUGAUCAUACAUUCCGCCAGGUAGUUGAAGCUUUAGAUAAAAUAUCAAAUGAGCAUCAAUGGGUUCCUGUCAACUGGGUUUACUAAGAAUAUGUUGUUUUUGUUCUAUUUAUACAUCACUGUUACUAGAAUUCAGAUAUCUAUGUUAUAGCGUCCAAUCUAUUUAAUUAGUUGUCAAGUAAUUACCAUUUUUCAGCAUUUUAUUUGUUAUGAUUAUACUUUGCCUUACAUUUUAUGAUUGAUUUAUUUAUAUACUUUAUUACAUAUUUACCAAAUUAUUAAUAUGUAUUAAAAUAAGAAAUUUUGAAUCUCUUUAUAUUUAACGAUAUUUACUGACAAUUUUUCUAUUAGAUUUAAUGAUAAAAGUAUG